AUCCAGAAUGGGCAUCGUGCAACAUUGGUGUAUUUUUGUGCACAACGUGUGCAACUUGGCACAGAAGAUUAGGCACGCAUGUAUCCAAAGUGAAGUCUCUCAAAUUAGACAAAUGGGAUGAUGAACAGGUAGAGAGUAUGGAAGCGGUUGGCAACAUACAAGCUAAACAGAAAUAUGAAGUACACGUACCAGCAUGCUAUAGAAUACCCAAAGCUGGAGAUCCACCAGUAUUGCUGGAACAAUGGAUACGUGCAAAGUACGAGCGGCAGGAGUUCAUGAGUGUUGACAAGCAGACGUACAUCACGAAUAAUUCAAUGGAAGGAACCCUCAUGAAAAAAGCCAGAGAUGAAAACAAAUAUUUUCCCCGUAAAUUUGUAAUAUCUGACAAAUCUUUAAAAUAUUAUAGUAAAGAGAAUUCAAAGGAGCCAAAAGCAACAAUACCAUUAUCUGAAUUGAAUGUGUGCUUAGCCCCAGCCAAAAUGAACCAAGACAACGGUCUCCAGUUGUCAUAUAUGUGCGACGGUUCUACACGACACAUUUACGUAUACCAUGAGAGCGGGGAAACAAUUAUUCAGUGGUACAUGGCUAUAAGAAGCAUAAAGUUAAACUGGCUUAUGGUAGCAUAUCCCAGUGUUGCUGCUGAAGAACUGGUACCAUACCUAACCAAUGACUUCGUUAUUGAGGGUUGGCUCUCAAAGACAGGCCCCAGUGAGAGAGAUGCCUACAGAAAACGGUGGUUUAUUCUUGAUGAUCGUAAGCUCAUGUAUCAUGAAGGUCCAAUGGAUGCUUAUCCUAGAGGAGAAAUAUUUCUGGGUUACAAGGAUGAUAACUAUAGUAUUCAGGAAGGAGUCCCAAGAGGAUGCAAGGAUCAUGACUUCUCCUUCUCCCUCACAACUCCUGAGAGAACCUUUGUCAUGUCUGCUCCCACGUUGGAUGAGAGAUCACGAUGGAUGCAGGCUAUAAAUACAGUUCUGGAACGAACACUAAGACCGCAGGACAACCAGAGGCCACAGGAUGUACUCCGAGAUGUACUCCUUCCCCUUGGAAUAGCAUAUGGCACACUACCCGAAUGCAAGUAGCGUCGUACAUACUGACGCUCCGCUGGAGAAUAUGCCACCUCACUCUCACUACUGGAACUGUUUUCAAGAGCUUGGAGAUCAUAUUCACUAUCACUAUCAUCACCACUGCUCACAUCUGAGUCCUGGACAUGGGAAAAUACGAGUUUUCUCUUUCAUUCUGGUACAACUGGACGUGAACAAGAUGGCCCAGUACCAGAUGUGGAAGGUUGAGGGUCAUCCGGGUUUUCUGCACUAUUACCGGUAUUUUGUUCACUAUUUUCAGUCACAAACUCCUCAAAACCCUGAAAUUCAUCUUCACUGGCACUACCAUCUGUAUCUGAACUGUCACUUGGGAACAAAAGAGUCCCAAUUCGCAGAGGAGUGAGAAGUUUCUUACCACGAGGCAUGGUAGACAAGGUGAACUAAAAUGGCGUUCCCACAAUGCACCACUGGCUCCCCGAUUUUUUCCUACUGUGCACACUGACCACACAGACCCAUUCUCCCGCUCGAUUUGAAGGCGCUAGAAUUUACGUGUACAAGUACGGCACCAACCCUGGCUCACAAGCCAUACAAGUAUGGCACCAACCCUGAAAGGGUUAAAUCAAACCUGAUUACCUUCAUUAUUAGAUGGCAUAUUAGUUUAUUUCUGAGGGGGGGUUAUAAAUUUUAUUUCAUCUAUGAUCUGAAACAUCAAAAAAAAUUAUUCAAAAUCCUUAAAUGUUUACUGAUAUAUGUAUGUAAAUGCUGGAUACUGAAUUUAUAGAUAUUUUUUCCUUUCUCAGAUCAAAUUAAUUUAUUCGCAGCCUUUAUCAAUUCACAGAUGUUAUAUAAUUCUUAUGGGUUCUGCUCUUCUCUGUAAAUUUAAUAAUUAUAAUGAUGUGUUGUAAUAGCAAGAAACAGCAAUUACAGUAGUUGAAGCAGCCACUUACUGAAAUAUUAUUAAGAUAACCUGAGAUUAAAGUUUGUGUAUUAUACAGGGGAGUGAAUCUUUUCUGUGUUAUGUUAGCAAUGGAAUGAUAUUAAUUUAUUCAUAUAAUUUUAGCUUAAGGUAAUAAUUUAGAAAUAAAACUGUUUAAAUAUAUAUUUUUUUGAGAAAAUAGGCUAUUGUCAAUUGUUACAUGUAUUGUAGGUUAUAAGUAUCUUCAAAUGUUUGCUGAAAAUUUGUAAUGAAAGAAUGUAACCAUUCAGUGGAAUGAAUGAAAUUUGAAUCUUUGCUCUGGGAUUAGCAACCUGUUUCCUUAAGGUUGGAAAACCUUAUAACCCUCUUGUCAUGCUGUGGGCUAAGGUAACAGGUUGGUAAUCCCAGCCUGCAAGUUCAAAUCCUGAUCACCCCAAUGAAUGUGUUAAUAUGUUCAGUGAUACUGUAUUACCAGUGCUAUAGCAAGUAAGUUUGUAUUUUCUCUGCUAAACUGAGUGCAGUGUAUUUAUACCACUCUGAGAAACUGGGUGUGAUAUAAUACAUACAUUUUUUGUUUUUUAUUAACAUAUCGGCCAUUUCCCACCAAGGCAAGGUGACCCCAAAAAAAAAAGAAACACUUUAAUCAUCAUUCAUUUUAUCACUGUCUUUCUAGUGGCAUGCCAACACUACAUAAUCAUAUGGUUGAAAAAAAAAAAAAAAAAAAAAAAAAGCUCCACAUGACAUACUGUAAUUUAUGUCAGGCAUACAUCUAGCCUUAUGCCCCAAAUUUAUAUCCACUUAAAAAAGCCUUUGUGUCUUCGAUACCACACAAGGUGUUGAGUAACAGUCUUGAAGUCACUGCUUGAAGAUGCAGUUUUUCAGAAGAGAACACUGCCAUUAUUUUUUAAAUAUACAGGCCAUUUACCACCAAAGUAAGGUGACCCAAAGAAAAACCCAUGGAUAUUACAAUUCCAAUAAUCCUGUUAAAUGCAACAUUCCCACCCAAUUUCAGGGUGCAAGCACUGUACUUCCCACCUCCAAAACUCAAGUCCAGUUAAAUAGUUUCCCUAAAUUCCUUCUUAGAUAUUACCUUGCUUACACUUCUGCAGCACAUAACAUUCCAAAAGUCACUUGCCUCCACUCAGACCUGACAUGUUCACGGUUCUGUGAAUGUAUUAGAUUGGAGUGGUUCUUGCUUACAUGACUUGACUGCUAUAGAUUGAUGAUGCUUAAUAAAGUGAUGAGUUGCAGGAGUAGGACUGCUGGUAGACUUCUUCAUGAGAAUCCUUGCUUUCUUACAUUUUAAAUCAUCAGUUAAACACAUGCAAUGAACCUCUCUAACCAUUCAUGCAAAAAUUUUAACUUAGAAAAUUUAGCUUGGAUAGAUACUGUUUUUCUUGCUAAAAUAUUUGAAUAUAACGUAGGCACUUCACCUAUCUUCAUCACUAUAUUACCUGCAGUUGAUAUGCCAAUGUUAUAUUUCCUGAGAAAAUUUGUAAAACUCUCACCUCUGUAGACACUGCACUGUAUCAUCCACUUUCUACUGAAUAUUACAAUAGGAGCAACUUGCAUUUUUUUUACAAGACAUGCACCAGCCUGUAGCAAUAAAGUGGGUAACUUCUCUACUGGCUUUAUCAAGCCAGCAGAGAAUAAAUGAAAAAUAGAAGAUAUAAAAUGUUUAGUACAAGCAACUCUGGAGGGUGGAUGACAAAAUGAUUUAUUUUAUUUAUUUUUUAUUAACACAUUGGCCAUUUCCCACCAAGGUAGGGUGACCCAAAAAAGAAGAAACACUUUCAUCAUCAUUCAAUAUCACUGUUUUGCUGAAGGCAUGUCUAUGCUACAGAUAAAAAACUGGAACAUACUAACACCCCUCCUUCAGAGCACAGGCACUGAACUAGCAACCUCCAGGACUCAAGUCUGGCUAACCAGUUUCUCUGAAUCCCUUCAUGAAUGUUAUUUUGCUCACACUCCAACAGCAUGUCAUCAUAAAAACCAUUCAUCUCCACUUGGUCCUCUCUAACACACUCACGCAUACUUGCUGGAGUCCAAGCUCCUCACACACAAAACCUUUACCCCCUCCCUUCCUACCCUGCCUUCCUUCCACUACAGAUUUAUAAUUUGCAGAAUUUUUUUGGAGACAUUUGCAAUUUCAGAUGUUUUGAUAUAGUAUCUGAAUAGAGGAAUUAUGGGUUAAUUUCAUACACCUGAAGUUUUAAUAAUUCUGACAAUCAUAUACUUGUAAGACACUUGGAGUAUUUAAAAUUAUUCCCACUGAAACAAAUGGGUUAUGUUAGAAAAAGAAGUAUUCUUAAAGUCACAUUUUUCCUAUAAACUUCCAUUGUAUUAAGAAGUACUUUUCAAGGAUAACAUUAACAAAAAAUGUAAGAACAAUAAGAAACAUUUAUCAAAAGAGCACAAUUAAGGGAUAACAAAAAAUAUGAAAAGUGAUGUGCACAAAAAUGACCAAAAGCAAAAAUUUGAUGCAUUUGAUCAAGAAUUUUCCUACCAAGAUUACAAUUUUGAAUAAAGCAAUAUAUCUCUGGCCUAAGAAGUUGUGAUCUCACUCUUUACUGCCAAAAUCCUUUUUGAACAGUUCACACUGUGCUAUGAUGACUCCAAUUGUGGUCUAAUCAUGAUACAUAUUAUGUUACUCAAGUGAAAGUACUGUAAUUUCAUUCAUAAUUGUAUGCCUGACUGAUAGUUCUGUGCACUUGUGUAAUCUGGUGAUCUGUGUGCUAGUGUGGAUGGUGAUCUGUGUGCUAGUGUGGAUGGUGAUCUGUGUGCUAGUGUGGAUGGUGAUCUGUGUGCUAGUGUGGAUGGUGAUCUGUGUGCUAGUGUGGAUGGUGAUCUGUGUGCUAGUGUGGAUGGUGAUCUGUGUGCUAGUGUGGAUGGUGAUCUGUGUGCUAGUGUGGAUGGUGAUCUAUGUACUUGUUUACAAAUGAUGAUCCAUAUAUAUGUACUUGUGUAAGACUGGUGGUUCUAGCACUUGUAUAAAACUUGUGACUCAUGCACUUAUGCAGGACUGGUGACUUGUGCACCUGUGCAAGACUGGUGACUCAUGCACCUGUGCAAGACUGGUGACUCAUGCACCUGUGCAAGACUGGUGACUCAUGCACCUGUGCAAGACUGGUGACUCAUGCACCUGUUAAAGACUGGUGACUUGUGCACCUGUGCAAGACUGGUGACUCGUGCACCUGUGCAAGACUGGCGACUCAUGCACCUGUGCAAGACUGGUGACUCGUGCACCUGUGCAAGACUAGUGACUCAUGCACCUGUGCAAGACUGGUGACUCAUGCACCUGUGAAAGACUGGUGACUAGUGCACCUGUGCAAGACUGGUGACUUGUGCACCUGUGCAAGACUGGUGACUCAUGCACCUGUGCAAAACUGGUGACUCAUAUGCCUGUUCAAGACUGGUGACUUGUGCACCUGUGCAAGACUGGUGACUCGUGCGCCUGUGCAAGACUGGUGACUCAUGCACCUGUGCAAGACUGGUGACUCGUGCACCUGUGCAAGACUGGUGACUCGUGCACCUGUGCAAGACUGGUGACUCGUGCACCUGUGCAAGACUGGUGACUCAUGCACCUGUGCAAGACUGGUGACUCGUGCACCUGUGCAAGACUGGUGACUCGUGCACCUGUGCAAGACUGGUGACUCGUACACCUGUGCAAGACUGGUGACUCGUGCACCUGUGCAAGACUGGCGACUCAUGCACCUGUGCAAGACUGGUGACUCGUGCACCUGUGCAAGACUAGUGACUCAUGCACUUGUGCAAGACUAGUGACUCAUGCACUUGUGCAAGACUAGUGACUCAUGCACUUGUGCAAGACUAGUGACUCAUGCACCUGUGCAAGACUGGUGACUCGUGCACCUGUGCAAGACUAGUGACUCAUGCACUUGUGCAAGACUAGUGACUCAUGCACUUGUGCAAGACUAGUGACUCAUGCACUUGUGCAAGACUAGUGACUCAUGCACCUGUGCAAGACUGGUGACUCGUGCACCUGUGCAAGACUAGUGACUCAUGCACUUGUGCAAGACUAGUGACUCAUGCACUUGUGCAAGACUAGUGACUCAUGCACUUGUGCAAGACUGGUGAUUCUGUACACAACUAUUUAAACAAAAGUGAAAAGUUCAAUCUAUCCAAUUUUUUAUCAAACUAACAAAAAACAAAUAAUAUUUAAAAAAGAAAAACACCGAGCUAACUCAUUCAAGUGUAAAAUAAAUAGUAUUUUUUAACUGAAACUAUAUCCUUUUACUUAUGACUGAGGUCAACUUAUAGUUGUAAACUUAAGAUACCUGGUAUGUAUGUGUCUGUUUGUAUAUUCAUUUGUGUAAUUUCACUGAUACAUAUUAAAAAAAAAAGCUAUUAAUAUACAUACUGUCAUGUACAUACCUUAGAAAAGUUGUUCCAAUAAUUUUAUAUUUAAUUUUUGAAGUACGUAUUUCAAAGACACUGUCAAAGGCAUAAGUCUCAUCAAUGUAUGAAAAUCCUUUUAGGUACUCCGUCCUGUAUUACUAUUACAAUCAUAACUAAAGGAGGGGUUUGGGAUAUUUGCUGUUUAGAGUGAUAUCUAAACUGUUGUAUCUGUGCACUUCAGGCAAGACUGAUGGUGUGAAUGAUGGUGAAAGUGUUUCUGUUUCGGGUCACUCUACCUCGGUGGGAGACGGCCAGCAUGUUAAAAAGAUAAAUCAUAACUAAGCGCUAAACCCACAAGGGUUAUUCCAUCCUGUAUAACAGUUAAUGUUUAGUUUUAUGAAGAAAAGUUUAUAACAUAAUGCAUUUAUGAUAACUGUUGUUCAGAUCUUGCUUAUACAAUAUUUUGGAUGAAAAUCAAUUGUUAAUGAAAUUUUUUGGAAAGCAGGAGAAUUUCAAAAGUAAUUUUCAGGUUUAUGGUAGCAAGGCUAGAAUUCUUAUUAACAAAUAAAGAUCAGUAUUAAUAAAUUAUAUUAUAAUACAGGUA